AUGGAUUCACAGCCCGAAACCCUCCACGCCCUCUUCUCCCGCGCAAAAUCCCACAGGAAAGCUCUAGACUCACCAGAAUCAGAAGAUCCCCCACCUCUUGGCGACGUGAUAGCAGAAUUCGAGGAAUGCCAACGGCGCAUUGCCCAGCUCUCCCUCUUCAGUACCAAUGAAUCAUUAGAUGAUGUUACCACCGGGGACCUACAGUACCUGACCGUUGAUUAUAUCCUUGCCGAUCUUCUCCAAAAGUCAUACGACACCGACCGUCUUAAAAGUCUCCAGCGGUCGCAGGACGAAUAUGAAAAGUACCUAGAGAGCCUAGAUCAAUAUGGUCUCCUCUCACCGGAGGACAAGAAGCUCUACGAACGAUAUACCGAGAACCCCCGCUUCUUCAGCAUAGCUCCAUUAAAUGAUGCAGCGGCGCGGAGAAAUAUCAAAGUAUCCAGGUUUCGAGAUGAAAAGGAGCUGAAGCAGCGGCUAGAGUAUCUUUCACAAAGCCAAAACAGCUUGCAAGCCGAUGAAGAUCUAGCUCGACAAUUAUAUCUAGCUGAAAUUAAACUCUAUACACACCAGACAUUCCAAGCCCUGGACAUGUUAUCACAGGAACUAUCCAUGCUCGCAAGUGCGCAGGGCGCCGCCCCACCCACCAAUCCCGUUCACAAUAAUGAUCCUAGACUACGCAGCCCCAGUGAUUCAUCGGGCUUUUCCGAUCGAUUGGAUGUAGGACUCGCCCAGAAUAUUCGUGGGGGGAGGACAGGGCCUCUUCUAAGCAAAACCGGCGUACCACUACAGCCAUUCGUUCUCACAAGUAAACGCACGGAAAUUCGAAAAGGAGUUUUCCGACCCGGCCACAACCUCCCAACCAUGUCGAUUGAUGAAUAUCUAGAGGAGGAAAGGAAAAGGGGAGGCAUCAUUGAGGGUGGUGGAGAACAAUCCGGCCAGCCAAAGGAAAUUGACGAAGAUGAUAUAGAAAAGGCCGAUGAAGAAACUAUGAAAGCAAGGGCGUGGGAUGAGUUCACCGAGGAUAAUCCGCGAGGGUCCGGUAACACCUUGAACAGAGGCUGA